AUGUCAUCCAGCAUAGCGGUUUUCCUGCCGCCACUCUUGCCUGUCACCUAUAAUGAUCGUGGUGCUUGGGUUAUUACCGUGAGCACUAUUCUACUUAUCAUCACCGUCCUGGCAAUAGCAGUGACAAUGAUAUCUCGCAUCCGCGUUUUGCGCAGAAUUUCCUGGAGCGAUUCCACUCUAUUUCUCUGCUGUGUUAUAUUUAUUCCUCAGACUGUGUGUGUGAAUGUGGCUAGCUCCUAUGGCAUUGGCAAGCACCGAGAUUCAUUGAGCAAUGCUUCAUUUGAAAAAUACAGCAAGACACUCUUUGCUAGCCAACUCCUCGCUGUCCUUGUCUUAGGAUGUUCCAAGGCCGCCGUUGCACUUCUGGUCCUAUCCUUGCAACCCUUCGAGAAAAUAUCGCUUGCAUGCAAGGUUAUUUUGGGCUUGAUCGGUACCUGGAUCCUGGCUGCACUGAUAGCGCUCGGAAUACAAUGCGAUCACCCGCAAUCAUGGAGCUCUAGCCGUGAGAAAUGUGUGAACCAAGAAGCUUUAUAUAUCGCGUUAGGGGGCGUCCACAUGUUAUUAGAUGUAGUAAUCAUCGGGUUACCAGUGGCUUUACUACAUCAAGUCCAGAUAAUACAGUGGAAGCGCUACCAAAUCUCUGCCCUGUUUGGGAUGCGGAUCCUAGUUCUAGCACUGACCAUUGCUGGCCUACGCUCCCUCCGGCCACUCUAUAACUCUAACCCUCUAGAUGAAACAUGGGAUGCCCUCAUGCCAGCCAUAUGGCUACAAUUAAUCAUCAGCUCCUCAAUUAUUUGCACAUGUAUCCCAACCCUCAAACGUGUCCUGGCCGAGCUCCAGACCGGCAUGAUGGCCGGCGUAGUCUCAGACUUUUUUGAGCAAUCCGUCUCUGGUCAUACAAACACCGGAGAUCAAUCAGGAUCCAAGUCUGACAGUGCCAUUGAGCAAAGAUCAGGCUCAGUGUCAGCGUCCCGCCCCCAAAUUCGAGGUGAAUCGGUCGACCUAGAGCGCGUGGAUAGCCAAAAGAACCUGCGCGAAAAUGCCAUGCGAACGAUCGACUACGAGGCCUUUUACGAAGGGCCUGAUUCUUCCAGACCCUCAUCUUCCCAUAGCGAUGAUCUGAGUACAUGUUUACGUGGACCUUGA